GCGCUACAUAUAUUCUACCGCCAACGCUCCCGUUUCUACUUUCCGUUUCACCAAAAAGUGUUUUUCGGUGCUGGGGCUUACAUAUAUUACACAGAAUUAAACCAACACCACUCUGCAAGUGUGCUACUAGUGGGCUUACGUGCAGCUCAUGUCAAAUACAUGUUGUGAACGCUGCAGAGAAUGUUAUUGCCAAGGGUCUUGGGAUGAGUGAGCAUCGGAGGCGACAUGUACAUGGAGAAAUGAACAGCAUAUAAGCACAUUAUAUGACCAGCGGGACACCAUGGAGGAGAUACAGAAGGAGGUCGUCCGGCUGUGCAACGGCUACCCGGAGGGUCUUCCAAUACAGGAGAUCCAUGGCCUCUACCAGCGGACCUACGGGAAACCCCUGCGUCUCGGGACCCCUAAAAGGUUUGCCCCGCUGCAGACCCUGCUUAGGAGCGUGCCUGACCAUCUCUAUCUGUGCACCGAUGGGGAGAUGGUAGUGUGGCCCAUCGCAUCUCGGCCAUCGGCCUCGCGGUCGGCACCUUCUUUCCCGUCGCCGCCGGCUGCCCUAGCAGCAGCAGCACGCGGCCCUCGGCUGGCCUCACCGCGGAACGGCAGCUCCGGCGGUAAAGCGACGACCAUCAUGGGCGAAACCCGGGAGGAAAUCGUGGCCAUGAUUAAAGGCUUCCCCGGCGGCGUCCCCGGUAGGAAGGUGGCCGAGCAGUACAACCGGACGUACCACAAGAACCUGACCGUGGCCUCCCUGGGCUUCAAGUCCAUGGCCCUGCUGCUGGCCUCCCUGGACAAGGAGCUGGUGGUGCAGGGGGAGCUGGUGUUCCACCGGAGCCACUGGCCACCAGGGGUCGCCGACACCGCGCUCGAGGCCGGGGACGGGGACCAGAGCACUGCCCAAGAGGCGGGCGAGAGGCCUUCAGCGUCGGCCCUGGGGGACGGCCAGCCGGCGAAGGCCCGGAAGAAGAGGCAUCGAUCGGGGAGGGGAGCAUCCCCGGCCCCCCCUGCUGGCCAGCCGCUGGAGGUGAGUUCCUCUCCUGGAAGCGUCCCAUCGUUCGGCGUUUACCAAGCGCCUCUUGGAAAACACAGCGUUCCAGCCGGAGCAGGCGAGCCCGUAGAGACGCUGUCGCAAGAUCAGCUGUUGCAGAGGAUCACACAGGUUAUGAAGGAGGACAAAUUGGCUGGCGGGUCAAUGGCGCGGCUGGCCGAGAGCUAUUCUGAGCGGUUUGGGGAAGCUCUCCCGCUGGAACAGUACAUGACUCUGUAUGACACCUGGGAUUCCAGACGCCCUGGGAAACCAUCGGGGGCAUCGACGGAAGCCGCAGAGCCGCGCAGGCCGGUGCCCACACAGCACACUGAAGCUCCCACUACGUCUUCCAUUGCGACUACAAAGGACUUCCUGUCCUUUGGCUCCCUGCCUUCCAACAUCCUUCCCCUAAUGCCCGCCCACUCCCUGGCUUCUGGCCUCCUGCCUUCCGGCGCCCUGCCCUCAGAGGUUCCCUACCAACAGCCCUUCGGCUCCAGGCAUACCAGCUCCCUGUUCUCCAACUCCCUGUUCUCAGACUCCCUGUUCUCCGGCUCCAUGCCCGCCGGCACCACGCCCACCAGCUCCUUGUUCUCCGGCCCCAGGCCCACCAACUCCCUGUUCUCCAGCUCCAUGCCCGCCGGCACCAUGCCCACCAGCUCCUUGUUCUCCAGCUCCGUGCCUGCCGGCACCACGCCCACCAGCUCCUUGUUCUCCGGCCCCAGGCCCGCCGGCACCACGCCCACCAGCUCCUUGUUCUCCACCUCCAGGCCCGCCGGCACCACGCCCACCAGCUCCUUGUUCUCCGGCCCCAGGCCCGCCGGCCCCAGGCCCGCCGGCCCCAUGCCCGCCGGCCCCAUGCCCGCUGCCUCACUGCCCUCCAAGGUGGCCUCCCCGGUGGCCAUCGGCUCCCUGCCCAUCAAACCCCCGCCCGCCGGCCCGUCCGACGAAGACUUCCCGGCCCUGGGCGCGGCGGUGGCCAGGGAGCCCCGGCGGGCCACCCCGACCCGGCCGCCGCUGGAGGAGACCCGGAAGAACUCCCCCGUCUUCAGGGACGACUACCACGGGCAGCUGCGGCACGUCCACGCGGCCAACCGGCGCGCGGCGGAGGUCCUGGAGGCGGACAACGAGGACGCCAAAGGCCGGAAGAGGAACCGCGUGCUGGACCUGGAGACGGUCAACAGCCUGGUGGAGGGCGUCAUACGCGACCUGGCCGAUGAGGGCGAGUUCGUCACGCAGGUGAAGGUGGUGUCCAAGGUGUGCAUGCUGAUGCAGGUCCCGUCCCUCCGGUCAGUGGGCAUCAUUCAAGCCUGGCACAUACCGGCAGUGAAGGACCUUCAGUACACCAUCCGGGAGAUCAACAUGUUCCUUGAGUCCACCGAGGCGGCGACGGCCAUUUGCACCCUUUAUGAGCUGGGCCUGUCCCUGGCCAGCCUGAAGGAGAAGAAGCGCUACGAGGAGCUGAACCUGGGCCCGCUCUGCAAGCUGCCUAUCGUCCACCGCAUGUUCAAGAUAGACAGCAGCACCAAGGAUGACGACAUCCCUCAGAUAGAGACCGUGGACAUCCUGAAGAGCCUGAAACAUUUCAGGCACAUCGAACACAAGCAGAAGGUGGACCUCGCUGAGUUCAUGAAGCAUCUGGCGGACCAGCACAGCUGUGAGUCUCCCUACGAGCUGGGCAUCCGGAUCCAAAGCCUGGGCCUACCUAUAGCGACCCUGAACAAGGUGACCCGCCUUGAGCAUCAGCAUCUCGAGCGGGCCCAGCAUCUGAUCCAGAGGGAGCUGGAGGAGGAGGUGACGGACAAAAUGAGGAAGAUGAAGAGGAACGUGAUGGAUCCCUUCUCCGCCGCCUCCUUCGGCGCCGGAAGUCUGGAACUCCGCAAGAAGUACAUCUCCAUGGCGGCGGUGGAGGUCGUGCUGGAGGUCUUCACCAACGCGGCAGACAUCUUUAGCUCCAAGCUGAACAAGCGCGUCCAGGACUUCCUGCUGCAGGUGUCGGGCGAUCGGCUGUGUUCGGCCAUGUUCCAGCUGGCCAUCUGCGGGGGGUCCCUAGCCGUUCCUCAGGACCUGGUGGCCAAAGACCAGCCGGCGAAGGCUGCAGGGAAACCUGCCACACACGAGCCUGCGGUCGCCCUGCCCAGCGAAGAUGCUGUGAAGCAGUUCCUUAGGACCAGUCUGUCCAAACAGAGUACAGCUUUCUCUCUGAGCUCCAUGGCCUCUCUGGAGAAGAAGCUGAGCUCACACUUUAAGCUCCCGGAGUUUGGGUCUCUGCAGAGAGGAACCUUCCUGGAAUUCCUGGUUAAAAACGACCAGCUGCUGCAGGAGACUGUAGGGGGCGCUGUGGCCCUGGGUCGUGGUGGCGGCGCAGAGCACCAGGGCUGUGGCUUCUGGCCCAGCCGCCAGGAUGUGUUUGAGUUCAUCAAACAGUGUGGAGCGUUCACCUCCUCCGAGCCUGACGCACUGGUGCACAUUGAGCGGGCUCUAAGGGCCCAUUACAGGGUGCGUGACAGCCGGGACCUGGGCUUCGGGCCCCUGAAGACGCUGGCUGAAUUUGUGAAGCGCCAGAGAGACCUUAAGGGGGGUGGGGCCUGCGUCCAGGUCCACUAUGAGACGGCCCUGUUCGCCAAGCACAGCAGCGCCACCGACGUGGGUGGAGCGUCUGUGGGUCUCCUGGGGGAGGUCUCCCAGGACCAGGCCCUGGCCUGCCUGCUGUCCUGCCCCCUGCUAGAGGACAUGGAGCAGUGGAGCCAGUGGGAGGUGGUCUUCAGGCCUGUCCACGGCCCCCUGAAGGACUUCAUCGAGAGGAACGCAGCCGUGCCGGCCAACUCUGAUUUGGCGGCCCUGGAGGUGAGCCCGGGGGUCCUACUCCGCAUCACCACGGCGACGGGCGACAAGCUCUUCUCGCAGGCGGCGACGAACCUUGACCCCGUGGGCACCGCCGGCCACCUGGUGUCCAUGGCGGUGGCGGACGGCGUGGUCAACGUGUCCACGGCGCUCCUGGCCAAUCACAUGGAGAGCGCCCUGGCGGCGGGCGUGGCCAAUGCAGAUAUGUCUCAGGGGGACGAUGACGUGUCCAGCUACGGAUCUGUGCCCCGCUUCCUCCUUGAGAGCAUCACUCGGAUCCCCCCCAUGACCUGCCAGGCCCUGCUGCAGCAGGUGUUCCUGGAGCCUCUGUACCGGGUCUUGGGCCAGGCCAGCUCUAAAGCCCUCCUGCUGGCUGUGGCUCGCUCGGACCCCCGGCACCUCAACCGCCUGCACCAGCUCGCCAUCCGCCUGGGGGUCACAGAGUGGAUCAAGGACUACCAGAAGAAGAUGGACCCUCCCAAGCCGCGGGACACGCUCACGGCUACAAAGCCUGACUUGAUGGACUCCUUCGGCGGCAGCCAGUCCGCCCUCAACCUGAACGGCGAUGACGACUACCUGGACGAUCCCGCCAAGGAAGACAGCUCUGAGACGUCGUCGCUCAACCGCCAACAGCUCCCAGCCGAGAGUGAGAGAGAGGAGGACGACGUGGAGGAGGAAGAGGAGCCGCGGUACGAGCUCGUCAACAAAGAGACCCACAGCGACUAUCUGACGGCCAGCGAAUGCGACGGAGGCCGUGAGAUGGGCGAGGCAGAACUCUCUGAAACUGACGGCGUGAAGGUGGAGAAGGAAGAGGGGGAGGGGGAAGACGCUGCUGACACUGAGGGCGAAGAGAACUUUGAGAGAGCCCUGAUCGAGGACAUAAGGAAGAGUCAGUUUGGCGUGGGUGUGGAGCUGACCGCUGAAUGCAAGAAUCUGAUGGCGGUGCAGCAGGAACGACUGGGCCGCAGCCUGGACCGCCUGUCCACAGAACUCUACAGCAAAGACGCACACUUUGUCCUGGAGCUCAUUCAGAACGCGGACGACAACACCUAUCCGCUGGAGGGGGGGGUGGUGCCGGCGCUGGUCCUGGUGGUGGAGAAGAACUGCAUCACCGUCCUGAACAACGAGAAGGGCUUUCAGGACCAGAACAUCAGGGCCAUCUGCGACGUGGGCCGCAGCACCAAGGGCAAACACAAAUACGGAUACAUAGGGCAAAAGGGCAUCGGCUUCAAGUCUGUGUUCAAGGUGACGGACCGCCCCGAGAUCCACUCCAACGGGUUCCACCUGCGCUUCGACAAGAAGAGCGGCCCCAUGGGGUACAUCCUCCCCCACUGGGUGGAGGAGGAGAGACCCCUGGACCUCCAGCAGAUCCCCAGCAUCGGCGAACACAGCUGGACCACAAAGAUCUGCCUCCCGCUACGGUCGGAGAACCAGCAGACGAGGAACCUGUUCCACGACGUCCACCCCUCCCUGCUGCUGUUCCUCCACCGGCUGCGCUCCAUCACCAUAUACAACCAGUGUGAGCGUCAGGUGGUGGCGAUGACCCGACGUGACCGGAGCCACAACGUUCUGGAGGUGGAGCACACGGAGGGAACGGAACGCUGGCUGGUCAUCAAGCGCACGCUGGAACCGAAGAAGAUCAAGGAGGAGGUGGAGUCCACGGAGCUGGCCCUGGCCUUCCUGUUGGGGGACAGCUCUCUGCCCGGUGACAUCAUCACCCAGCCCCAGAAGCAGCCCGUGUUCGCCUUCCUGCCGCUGCGCAGCUUCGGCUUCCGCUUCAUCGUCCAAGGCGACUUCGACAUCCCCUCGUCCCGUGAGGACGUGGACAGAGACAGCCCCUGGAACCAGUGGCUGCGCUCCGAGAUCCCCCAGCUCUUCGUCCAGGCCCUUGACGUCUUCAACGACCACCCAGAGUUCAGCGGGAUGAAGGGCUUGGUCCACUUCCUGCAGUUCGUCCCCCUGCCAGACGAGGUGCUGGACUUCUUCAAGCCGGUGGCCAGGCAGAUUAUACAGCUGCUGAAGGGCCAGGCCUUCCUUCCCACACUCAACUCAGAACGGGAGGUGGAGUACAAACUGCCCUCCCAGGUGGCCGUCUGCCAGGACUCUGUGAUCCGCAACGUGAUUGGCCGCGAGGAGCUGGACAGGCACCUGUCCCUGGCCUACCUCCACCCCAGCCUGCAGCCCCUGCCCCCCCUCUCCCUGCUCUCGCACCUGGGGGUGCGACACCUGCGGGGCUCUGACGUUACCACGGUGACCACCGCCAUGGCCCGGGAGCUCACGGCAGGGGGGGAGCUGCACACAGAUGAGGGACUGCGCCGGCUCUCUCGGCUGCUGGUCUGUAACUUCCGGGCGCUGGAGUACGGCUAUGGCGAGGAGGAGCAGAUCCUGCAGGCGCUGCGGGAGCUACCCAUAAUCCCCCUGGCCGACGGGCGGGUGGUGGCGCUCAGCAGCGUGGGGGUCUUCUUCCCCAUGGAGAAGGCCGAGAAGAAGAAGGGCAAGCAGAAGCCAGCAGGACCCUUUGCGGCGCUGUACGAGGACGUGAGCGUGGUGCACCCCUCCCUGCUGGCCUGCGAGGCUCCCCUGGAGGCCCAGCAGGUGCGGGAGCUGCUGAAGAGGAUGGGCGUCCACGAGCUGGAGCCCCAGCAGCUGCUGGAGAAGCACAUCUACCCGGCGCUGCGCGACAACUCCUGGAAGGCCAAGCCAGAGGCGGUGGUGGUGAGCUACCUGGUGUUCAUCAAGCAGCACAGCGCCGCCUCCAGCUGGCCCCUCCUGGACACCGCAGUACCCGUCCAGACCAGCAGGGGGCUGCUCUGCCCCCAGCUCCACCGGGUGCACUUCUCCUCCGAGUACAACAACGUGGACCUCACCAAGAUACUGCCUGGCUGUGAUUGGCUGCUGCUGAGCCCCUGCUACGUGGGGACCGACGGAGACGUCGAGGGGUGGAGAGAAUUCUUCUCCGCCCUGGGGGUCCGGGACAACCUCAUCAUCCGCAAGGAGAGACGCACCCUCUCCCCCUCCGAACUGGCCGCCAGCCCCUGGGCUGUGGGGAGCGACUCCUGGCCCACAGCUGAGGGGGGCUACGUCAUGGACGACUACCCCUGCCAGGAGUUCCACUCCCUGGCCACGGCUGAGCUGCCCGACAGGCAGCUGGUGGAGCAGAGACGAGCGCUGCUGGAGAUGGUGGAGGACAACUGGGAUAAGGGCGACCGCUACUCCCAGUACAUCACCGCGCAGGUCGUCGACGCCGACGGCCAGCCCGCCAAAACCACCAAGUCCUCCUUCUUCCACUUCCUGUCCCGGCUGCCCUGGGUCCCGGCCUACCGGAUGCUGGAGGGCGGGGAGCGGCAGGUCCAGUACCUCGUCCCCGACGCCGUGUACCUGGCGUCCCCCGAGGUGCACGGCCUGCUGGGCGUGCACGUCUGCUACGUGGAAAAGACCCCCAGCGAGCUGAGUCGCAAGCUGGGGAUGAAGCACAGCGUCUCGGUGGAGGAGAUGAUCUCCUACCUCAAGACCUGGAGCUCCCGGCCGGAGGAGACGGAGGCGGAGGGCCGGCCGGGGCCAAAGUUCACCAGCACGGUGCAGCACGUCUUCAACGUGUACUCCUACCUGCAGAAGAACUGCUCCCAGGGGGCCCUGAAGGAGCUGUUCGAGCACUCGCCCGCCGUCUACGUGGAGCACGACAGGCGUGAAGACGGCUGGACCUCGGGGGUCUUCUACCACCUGAAGGAGGUGUGCUGGAGCGACCCCACCCAAAUGUUCAGGCGCUACAAACAGCUGGUGCGCGCCCCCGACAGCCCCCUGCCGGAGCCCCGGCAGCUGGCCCCCUUCUACUCCACCCUCGAGGGCAUGCGGGAGCUCUUCACCAGGCAGCUGAACGUGGAGCCCAGUCCCACCAUGUUCCAGUACGUGGGUCUUCUGGAGCUGGUGUGUGCCUCCUGCCCCAUGCCCACGGCGGAGGUUCUGCAGGACGUGUCGGUCAUCUACGCCCGCCUAGCUAAGAAGUGUAAGACCACAAUGUCACCAGAGCAGGACUACAUGGAUCAUGGUCAACCCAGGACCAUUAGCAGCUACUGCUCCACCCUCAAGGGGAUGGUGUUGGACAAGAAGGUGUUCCCCACCAAGGCCAAGAACUGGGUGACCCUGGCCCGCCGGCCCAUGGUCGCGGACGACCGGGAGCUGGAGAAGAUCUUCAAACCCCAUCCCGGGGUGUGUCUGCUCAACCUGCCCCCUCCCGACAAGAAGCACGGGGCACUACCCAGGGGCAAGCCCAGAGACCACCGCGGUCCGGCCUUCCAGGAGGAGGACCGCGACCUCUUCCUGGAGAUCUGCGGCGUGCGGCGUCUGUCGGACUGCGUGCGCUCGGAGCCGCAGACGGAGAACCUGCGGGCGUGCCCGGCGGUGCAGGCGCUGGUGCGCGCCGUGGUGCCCUACGUGCAGCGCUUCCUGUGCGCCCACGAGGAGCUGGCGGCCGUCUACCGCGAGCUGCAGGACGCCGGCGUGGCCCAGACGCUCCGGAACCUCCAGUACAGACAGGUGGGGAAGCUGUACAUCCGCUACCAGCUGUCGGUGGGAGGCGGUGGGGACCCCCUGGACCCCGACCAGGAGCAGCCGCUGCUGGAGAUCCAGGACGUGGUGUGUCUGCUGAGGGACGACAAGGAGCUGUACAUCCAGAAGGACCAUCUGACCGCACACAUGGACAUCUGCAGGGAGCUGGUGAAGCUGUUCUGCGUGGAGACGGCCCACAGGAAGGAGCUCAUCGACUUCCUCAGUGGCUUGAUGACCUCACUGGACGACCCGGCGUCUCUGAAGCGCUUCCUGAAGAGGGAGGACGUGCAGGAGCUGCCCAAGGAGGAGGUGCCCUGGGAGGUGCCCGAGCCCCCCCGUCCUGAGCUCCCCCCAGCAGCACCCAGGCCGUUGGCGCCCCCGGAGGAGGCUCCCCGACGGGAGGAGGACGGAGAGCAGACCCUGGCCUGCUGGCCCCCGAAGGCCAGCAUGGGCAUCGUGGCCACGUCCGGUCGCACAGGCGCCCGGAACGACAGCGAUGCGGUGGACGCCGUCAUGAAGAUGUGGCCCCCCCCGGCGCCCCCGAAGGACCAGGACCUCGACAGGGGCGACCGCGGCCCCGCCUCCUCCGGCACGGGGGUGCCACAGGGCCCACAGGGGCCCCCGCACAGCGGCGACCCAGGGGCGGCGGCGGCGGCGGCGGGCCAGCCCAGGCCCGCCUCGGACCAACCCAGGCCCGGCUCGGACCUGCCCAGGCUCGCCCCCGACCACGCCCACUCCGGCUCCCCCGGCGCUGGCCACGCUGGUAGCAGCCAGCCGUCCCCAGGGUCAGAGGGCGGUCAGCGUGAGGGUCACCCCCCGGGGCCCGGCGCCGGGUUUAGCGGCGGGGAGAGACCCGUCCACAGCGGCCCCCCACCGGACCAGCCCAAGACGGACUCAGACCAGCGUCCAGCAGCCAUCCAGCCUGUCCCCGAGCUGGUGGUGACGGGCAGCACCUUCCAGGGCACGGAGGGCGUGUCCCAGCGGCCCCCCCUGGCCAUGGACUUCCCCCAGUGGAACAAGAGCGCCCUGCUGGAGCUGGAGGACAUGGAGCUGGCCUGCACGCGACCCACCACCGUGGUGCUGACGGACGUCCCGGGGGACCUGGCGGCCAUCGGGGCGUGGGGGGAGCAGCUGGUCCACUCCUUCCUGUGCCACUGGCGGGACGGCGACGCGGCCGACCGGCCCUCGGAGGUCACCUGGUGCAACCAGCAGGCGGAGAGCGGCCAGCCCUACGACUUCAAGCUGACCUUCCCCCCGGCGGCGGCGGCGGCGGCGGGCCCUCAGCCCGGGGCUGAGGGGGCGGUGGUGUACGUGGAGGUGAAGUCGACGGUGAAGCGGGACAAGGCCUUCAUCCACCUGUCGGCCAACGAGCUGGACUUCGCCCUGACGGAGCGCGAGCGCUACCACAUCCUGCGGGUGUACAGCGUGGGCGACGCCCAGAACGUGCGCCUGUGUCGCGUCCGGAACCUGGCGCAGAAGCUGCACGCCAAGGACCUGGAGCUCUUCCUGUUCAUCUGACGCAGCGCUGUGAUUGGCCCAAACACACAACACAACCCAGCCGAGCCCUCCCAACCCCCCCCCUCCCUCUCCCACACCUGUAUCCUUGGUAGUUUGCACUCUGUAUUUUUAUUUUUAUUAGUCUGUGGACCAGGUGGUGGUUAGAAGCUGUGGUGACCUUUAACCCCCGAGAUGAGGACCUGCUGGAGGCCUCUGUGUCGUGCUGGGCACUAUUUACUGUUUCUACUCAGGCACUGAAAACGGAAGGGAUCUUGACUGCCUCUGCACAGGCUGUUUGCGUUGUUCUGGAUUUGUGUACUUUGUUCCGAUUUUUUACUAAAUUAAUCAGUGUUUUUUAAUCGCUGCUUUUAUCUGUGUAUCCACUGUCAUUUGUCAGCAGCGUUUGCACUUUUCCUUUUAAAAAUGUUGAAUUUUACAAAGGUUGUCCAAUCUUUUCUCAACAGACCGUAGCGUAGACUGCCCAGAACUUUUGUGGUAUUUGUGAAGGCUUUUCCUCCAGUUUCAGCAUCUAAACCAUUCCCCGUUCAGGCACACGUUCACAAGGUUUUUAAUAUUGAUGCUUCUGUUUACCUGUGGCAUUUUAAUCUAAAUAAAAAUGUUUCUGACUUGA